AUCCGCCCAAGCGGAAGGAGACGCGCAAAUCGCUGCGAAUUAAAGUCAUCUCCAUGGGCAACGCGGAGGUGGCACAGAGCUGCAUUAUAAAGCGUUACUGUGAGAAGAGGUUCGUUCCCAAAUACCUGGCCACUAUUGGGAUUGACUACGGCGUCACAAAAGUGCAGAUCAGGGACCGAGAGAUCAAGGUGAACAUCUUUGACAUGGCAGGGCACCCGUUCUUCUAUGAGGUGAGGAAUGAGUUUUACAAGGACACACAGGGGGUCAUCCUGGUCUACGACGUGGGACAGAAGGAGUCUUUUGAUGCCCUGGACGCCUGGCUGGCUGAGAUGAAGCAGGAGCUGGGCCCCCACGGGAACAUGGAGAACAUUGUCUUCGUGGUCUGCGCGAACAAGAUCGACUGCGCCAAGCACCGCAGCGUGGAUGAGAGCGAGGGGCGGCUCUGGGCAGAGAGCAGAGGCUUCCUCUACUUUGAGACAUCGGCACAAACAGGAGAAGGCAUCAACGAGAUGUUUCAGACUUUUUACUCUGCCAUCAUCGACCUGUGUGACAACGGUGGGAAGCGUCCCCCCUCCAGCGUGGGGGUGGGCUUCACCAAAGAGCAGGCAGAUGCCAUUCGUAGGAUCCGCAACAGCAAGGACAGCUGGGACAUGCUGGGGGUCAAACCUGGAGCCACAAGGGAUGAAGUGAACAAAGCCUAUCGGAAGCUGGCCGUGCUGCUCCACCCCGACAAGUGUGUGGCUCCUGGCAGUGAGGACGCCUUCAAAGCGGUGGUGAACGCCCGGACCGCGCUCCUCAAAAACAUCAAGUAGGGAACAAGAGCCUCUCAAGAGCUGGAAACCUUCCCUUCCUCCCAGCUACCUCCCUGGCAGCCGUGGGGCACCCCCUCAUCCUCCUCACGCUUCCCCGCUGGCAUGGACACACACACUCCCAGCACUGGCUGUGGAAGCAGGACUGCAUCUGGGUGUAGCUGGAAAAGGGGGAGCAGAGUGAUGAGGAGGGGAGAGGGGGACCCCAAAGCCCUCACUGCAUCCAUGGCUGUGGUCGUGGUUGGUGUUAAGUGCUAAAAGCAGUGAGGUCCCCACCUUCCUGGCUGUUUUACACCUCCCAGGAGUUACCAGCCGUGGAGGGGGUUGGAUUUGUGGCUCUAAACCGUGGAUGCAGUGAGGGCAGGGUGAGAUCUGACCUGAAAGCUGCUGCGUUGGUGUCAUGGGUGGAGGAUGCCCAAGAGGAGCAGUGCGUUGUCAAGUCCUUCUGGGUUAUCCUGGAGCCAGGAUUGUCCGUGCUCCUCAGUUAUCCAAAAGCUGCACUGGUGCUGCCAAGCACUGGGGUGGUUCUGCUCCUCCAUCAAAGCUGGCUCCUUCCAGCUGCCACCCAAUGAUGGUGGUUUUGGGGGUGAGGAAAACCAUGGUUUGCUUGAGGAAACCUCUCUGGUACCACAGGGAAAAACUGGCUCCAAGAGCAUCCCUGUCUUCCCCAGCCUGUCCCUUUUGUCCUCAAGGUGCCAAGAACUGUCCCUUUUUCAGGACUAGGGCUCUCCCCCAAGCACACACCUCCUCAUCACAGCAUGGAGUCUUCUUCCACCACCUCCCUCUAUCUCCCUGAGCUCUUAGGAAGAGCCCUGCAGGCUGCAGACCCUCAAGUCACAGCUGCUGUUGGAAUAGUCUUCUUGAUUUAGAGGGGGGGUAUUGCUGGUAACCCCAAAAAGUGCUUGUAGAGGCUUAAGAUCUGGCCGUUGUCUUCCUGAGGGAGGUCAGACCCUUCCUGCCAGGCUUUUAGGGGGACCAAAUGGGACGUCCCUGGGUGUCUUGUGGUUUUAUUAGGAUUCU